CUGAUUGAACGGGCCCGAGCAGCUAAAGCGCGCGUGUACAAUCCGUACUCCAAGUUUCGAGUGGGCGCUGCACUGCUCACGCCCGACGGGCGCGUCGUGACGGGGGCGAACAUUGAGGAUGCUUCGUACUGCGGGACGAUAUGCGCCGAGCGCACCGCGCUCGUAAAGGCGGUCAGCGAGGGGAUGCGCUCGUUCGUCGCGCUCGCAGUGACCAGUGACGUCAUCCAGCCCAUCUCACCCUGCGGGAUCUGUCGCCAGUUUAUCCGCGAGUUCUGCACGCCUACCAUGCUCGUGCUGCUCGUCCCCGGAGACUAUCCACAGCGCCCGCCCGACGAUGCAUCGGAAUGGCACAGCAAAGUAAGAGAGACGACGGUAGGAGAGCUGUUACCAGAUAGUCACGAGUUGGGACUUCUGGAGCCGCUAAGAAAAUAG